AUGUCCAAGUCCAUUCUUGCCCUCGCCGCAUUUGCCUGCGGCGCCAACGCUGCCAUCAAGGCCGUCUGGCAGGCUGGUUCGUGCUCUAGCCCGACUGGGCCUACCAUCGACAUCUCUCCUAUUGGAGUCAACACCUGCACGCUCUACAACUUCUUCCCCAACAACGAUCCUCGCGGCCACGUUGUGGUCACGGUUGAAGGCGGCACCAACGGCAUUGCCUUCUUCCAGCUGCCUCAGGCUCAGGAAGACCAGCACAUCCAGUGUGGCUCGUUGCAGGGCAUCUUCCACCAAUCUGGCUGCUAUGACUCUAUCACCCCAGCCCUCGACGUUGUGACUGCCGAGUGCGACCAGACCGGCUGCAACAAUCUGUCUGGCAUCCCCUCAGGCAAGAUGGUUGCUACCAUCGUCGACCCAAACGUCUCGAAACGCGAAGUCGAGGAGCCUAAGAAGGUGCAGAAGCGCGAGAGCAUCUCGGAGCGCCGCGAGAACAACAUCGCGCGCCGCGACGGCUGCAGCGGCUCUACUUCCGUCACCUGUGACGGCUGCGUGAACUGCUUUGCUCAGGGUGCUCGUGUCUCGCCAUUCAUUAGCUGCCCUGGUCAAGGCGAGUCGUGCGCUGCUCAGUUGACUCAGUCCAUUACCAUCACCGACGAAUACAGCAUCACGGCUGGUGUUGCUGACGUUUUUACUGCCUCGGUCGAGACUAGCCACUCCAUCGCUGUUACCAAUGGCGGCUCGCAAACUUUCACUGUGUCUCCUGGUCAGUCUGGCUUUGUUCAGUACGAGGCUCUGGCUCAGUGUGGUACGAAGACUGUUCACAAUGGAGACGGCUCUGUUUGCGCUCAGGCCAAGGGCACUUUCAUUCUUAACAACCAGGGUGCAGGUGGUCAAUUCUCCUUCGUGCGCUCCAACUAA